CCAUAACGGAAGGCAUUGGGACGUCGCCUCACCCAAGCAGGCACUCCUCCAACUCGAAGAUAUCGUGACGUGCCGUCUCCAUGGAGGCGGCUACCCUGACGAUAAGCUCCCGGCGCCUGGCCUCCGCCGCCGCGCCUGCUGGGAGUGGCGCCCGCCGUGGCGCAGCGGCAGCAACCGCGCAGCGUCCAGGAGCAAUGCUUCCGCGGCGUGCGCGGCGGCUCCGUGCGCUGCCGCCGGAGCUGAGCGAGAUCCUCGCGCCCAAGCUGGUGCCCGGCUCGCCCGCCGACACCGGCGACGUCUCCUCGCUCAUCCCGAUCAGUGCCGUCAUGCUGCUCUUCUACUUCGUGUCCAACUGGGUGUUCCCGGCGGUGGUCAUGAGGGGGAUGCAGCCCACCGCCGAGGACGAAGCCGCCGCUGCAGAAGCAGAAUCCAUGGCGUCGUCGUCGCAGCCGCAGCGGGGGGAUGCCGUGGACGGUAAGAUCCGGCGCAAGGUCAAGAGGAAGAAGAGCAGAAAAGCCGCCACGGAAGCGUAACUCGAAUAUGCAUGUCGUUAGAAAGGCCUUGCCAGAAAUUCAGAAUAGACUCCUCUUGUUGCUCUGAUGGUAUAAUAUCAAAAAGAUCAGGACAGCAGAGUUUUUUUGUCCUCCUAGAGAAGAACAGACUGAUAAUCACCGAAUUACUCUGUGAUCAGAAAUAUCGGUGCUUAUUUUUCUGCAUCUCA